CCACCCAGGAGAGAGCUUUCCUAUUUAAGGCUCAGUCCCUAGCUUACAGACUGUCCUGACCAGGAUCUGUUGCUGUGUGGAAGAGGUGCAGCCAAGCCAUCAUUCCUCAACAGUGACAUGUUGCCUGCAGCAAAACUGAGCAAGGAGCAGCUGAAGGAGAAGCUGGAUGCCCUUCAGUGUCACUUCACCUGGAUGUUGGGUGUUGAAUCUCACAGUCCUCAGCAUCUCCUGCAGAAGCUGGAUGUUGAGAUCAAGCACACAGCUCACCAGAACCAGCUGGCCCUCCUGGGGCUCCAGGCAUACCUGCACCAACUGAAUAACCAGAGCGAGGAAGCUCUGCAGAGCCUCAGAGCUGCUGAGGAACACAAGGAAGAUGAGCAGCUGGCAUCUACUGCUGGCUCUUUGAUCAUCUGUGGGAAUUAUGCUUGGAUUCAUUACCUUCAGGGCUCCUACCAGGAGGCUGAAACCUGCCUGGAACGAGUUCAGCAGCUCUGCCCAACUCCUUGGGAUGUGCGGCUGAUCCCGCACAUCCAGGCCCAGAAAGGCUGGUCCCUCCUGGCUAUCAGAGCCCGAAAUGGGGAACGGGCAAGAGAGUGCUUCAACAUGGCCUUGAUGCUUGAACCACAGAACAGAUCUUUCCGUACUGGGCUUGCAAUGGCUUUUUAUUCCUCCUGGAAUUCCUCCUGGCAACCUGAUACUGAAAGAGAAGUCAGAAUCCAGUUGGAAAGAAUUGUCAAUGAGCAGCCAGAUAACUACAAAGCCAAAAUAUAUUUGGCCAGGCUACUUGAACAAGUAGAUGGGGAAAAGUCAAUUGGCUUGGCCAAAGAAUGCGCAGAGAAAAGCUCUGACCCAGAGGUCCUCAAACUCUCAGCUUUGUUCUGGAUGCCACGGUCAACAGAGCGAGCGCUUGAGAUCAUCCAGCGAGCCCUGCAGCAGGAGCCAGGUUACCAUCUUCUCUACCAGGCCCUGGCCAACUGCUACAAGCAACAGUGGGUUAAAGCAAAGGAGGAAGACAAGGAUAAGAUACGGUGUAAAGCCAUCAAGGACCUCCAGAAAAUUGUGAAGACACAUCCAGACCUUGACCUUACACUUGCCAAGCUUCAGCUGGCAGAGUUCAUUGGUGCAGAAAACCCAGCAAAGGAAAAAGAGAUCUACAUGGAACUGGAGAGGAAAAUCAACACCCUGAGCCUCAGAUGCCGUCAAGCCCUGAGUCUCUCCUGGGGAAAGUACUUCCUCUACCGAGAUAAAUCCCCGGAGAAGGCAAAAGCCAAGUUCAUGGAAUGUUACAGCAUUCCCCUGCAGACAGACCACAGGCAGGACUGUGGGCGCAGGCUGGUGAAGAUGGCUGGAAUCUACAAGAGCAAGGGUAACACCCAGGCUGCCAGCGCCAUCCACCGCUUCUUCCAAGAGGCCGACCGGCACUGCCCGAGGAACCAGUUGCACUCGGUUUAGAUGAUGAGGAUCAGCCCACAGAGAGUAGGGCCUGAGUUUUCCCAAGGCUAGAAGGCCAAAAGGACUGGCUGGCCCUGCAGAGCAGGCCUCAUGUGGACCUAGUGGUUCUGUCAGCUCCUCACGCUCACCCAUUGCUCGGCUGUCAAAUCUAGGCCCACUCGUGGGUAACUCAAGUGCCCAAACCUUACACACGCUGCUGUGUCCUGCUUCUCCCAGAGGGAAUGAAAACAAGAGUGAAGAAUUUGUCUUACAGGGUCUGAGCACAAUCUUCUGCAGGUGUGGACUUGUGUCUCUCCCUUGGAGCUGCCAUUGAUCAGAACUGAAUGCCAAUUAGGGAAAUGUAAGAAAUCAACCUGUUAAUUAUAAGUAUUCUACCAUUUGCAAUGAACCAGGAGGUGAAUUCCUCCACAAGAUCAGUGAGGAGCCAUGAUGAAGGUGAAGUCCUGUACAGGACAUAGAUGGUCACUGGCCUGUCCAAAUGCAUUAAAUGAUGCUGAUUAAGGAGCCCACAGGGGUGAUUUUAUCUGCAUUAAUCCUCAGAAGUACACGCAUGCCUGUCCCUGCCUGGACAUAAACCAGGAGCUUUCUUGUACUGGUUCCCACCAGGAAUGACAUUUUCAUCCCUGUUUCUGCAGCCACACUGAGGCUUUUAAAAAUCUUUGGUUAAUAAACACUUCUCUGUGUGA